GCCAACUUCCCUGUGCGACGGCGUCGAGAUUCAGGAGCUCGUGUAGUCUUGGUGACGGGAGAGCUCCACUCACCUCAUCUCACCUGCCCUGUUUUAAAACCCACAAUAACACCGUCGAGGAUGGUUUUUAUUUGACUUCACCUAUUUUUACAACAACGGUGGCAGCUUUACAUGACUGGAAAAAAUGCAUCAUCAUCGGAGCUACACACCCGUGUCUUGGCCUAUCAAAAAUAUCCUCUAAGAAGAAGCAACUGCAGUGCUCUUGUAGUGAGGGUGCCAGUAUCAUACAAGAAAACUACAAUUCCCUGUAGCAGAAUUGUGAUAUAGUGGGAUGUUAGAGGGCAAAUCAAGCAGAUGAAGUAAUUCUUCAGCCCAGCAUCACUAGUGGCUAAUACAGGUAUAUUUAAGGGAUUUUUCAUCUGGAUGACAGUGACAGGUGUGUGUCUGAUCAUCCCAGACAAGAAACAGAUGUGACUGGAAGAAUGAACAUCAUAACCUAACUCCCUCACACCUUCAAGAUAAAGAUAGGUUAACUGUGUGACUGCAAGACCAAUAGUAGUCAUGCACAGUCCUGCUCCUGAAAUCAUGGCAGGGUACCCAAGUGGGUGUGUGGCGGAUAAAGAUGCAAAUCCGGAGACAACCUUGGGGAGUGCCUAUUCUCCCGUGGACUACAUGAGCAUCACCAGCUUCCCCAGGCUGCCGGAGGACGAUGCAAUGUCUGGGGAAAACACCCUCAAAUCUCGCAAAGAUGAUGACAACGUCCUCAGUGAACAAGAUACAGACCCAGAUCUGUUUCUGAAGUCAGCUCGCCUCCAGCGACUCCCUUCCUCAGCUUCUGACCUGGCCAGCCAUGAUGUAGUAUCCCUGCAGGAGACCAAUAGAGACCCCUUUACAGAAGAAUGUGCUUGCCAGCGAGAUGGACUGACAGUCAUCAUCACAGCCUGUCUCACCUUUGCCACAGGAGUCACUGUAGCUCUCAUCAUGCAGAUCUACUUUGGAGACCCACAGGUCUUUAACCAGGGAGCAGUGGUGACAGAUGUGGCACAGUGUACAUCUCUUGCCUUCGAUGUUCUGGGGAGGUUGGGGUCCAGUGUUGAUGCUGCCAUUACUGCUGCCCUCUGUCUGGGAAUUGUCCACCCUCACACUUCUGGUCUGGGAGGUGGCGGAGUUAUGUUGGUGCAUGACAUCCGUAAGAAUGAGACGAGGGUCAUCGAUUUCAGAGAGACGGCACCAUCUGCCAUCCACGAAGAGAUGAUGCAGACAAACCUUGAUUAUAAUCCUGGCCUGCUAGUGGGAGUACCAGGCAUGCUCAGUGGGAUGCAUCAGGCACACCAGCUCUAUGGCAGGAUGUCGUGGGAGGAUGUGGUUACCAUGGCAGCAGAUGUGGCCAGAAAUGGAUUCAAUGUUACCCAUGACUUAGCUGAAGCACUGGCUAAAGUUAAGGACAAAAACAUCUCUGAUGCAUUUCGGGAAUUAUUCCUCCCCAACAGCCAGGCCCCGCUCUCUGGAUUGUUCACCAGACGUCUCGAUUUGGCAUCCAUAUUGGAUGCUGUUGCAGUUAAAGGGAUAUCGGAAUUCUACAGUGCAAACCUGACGCAGGAGAUAGUGGCUGCAGUGCAAGCAAAAGGAGGAGUCCUCACAGAAGAUGACUUUGGAAACUACAGCACAGUCUUACAGCAGCCAGCAGAGAUCACCUAUCAGGGACAUCAUGUGAUGGCAGCCCCAGCCCCCCAUGCUGGCGUUGCCCUGAUCACUGCUCUCAAUAUCCUGGAAGGCUACAAUAUCACCAGCCAGGUUCCCAGGAACAGCACCUACCACUGGAUUGCAGAGUCUGUGAAGAUAGCUUUGGCCUUGGCUAGUGAGCUGGGAGACCCUAUGUAUGACACUUCUGUAUCAGAGAUUGUCUCCAAGAUGCAGAGCAAAUCAUGGGCCACUGUACUCCGCCAUAUGAUCAAUGACUCUCAGGCGUUCCCUGUCAGCCAUUACACUUCAUCAUUUACCUUGGAGAAGGGUGCAACAGCUGCACAGGUCAUGGUCAUGGGCCCAGACGACCAUAUUGUGUCAGUCGUGAGUUCUCUAAACAAACCAUUUGGCAGUGGGAUAGUGACUCCCUCAGGAAUCCUUUUGAACAGCCAGAUCCUGGACUUCUCCUGGCCAAAUAAAACACAGAGUUCAUCACCUAACCCACACAACAGCCUCCAGCCUGGGAAGAGGCCCAUGUCCUUCCUGAUGCCCACAGCCGUGAGGCCAGCCGUGGGGUUAUGUGGCACAUACGUGGCCGUUGGAUCUUCUAAUGGAGAGAAAGCUCUCAGUGGCAUUACACAGGUGCUGAUGAAUGUUUUGUCUUCACGUAAAAACAUGAGUGACAGUUUAGCAUAUGGUAGACUCCACCCACAGCUGCAGCCCAACACCCUCCUGGUGGACUCUGAGUUUCUAGAUGAAGACGUGGAACUGCUGCAGGCCAAAGGUCACAAAGUUGAGAGGAGAGAUGUUCUCUCAUUGGUUGAGGGCACCCGGAGAACUAAUGACCUCAUCAUUGGAGUCAAGGACCCCCGUAGCACUGAUGCCUCAGCCCUCACUAUGUCCAACAUGUCCUAAUGUGCCCCCAAUACUAGCACAUAAAGAGGAAGGGGUAAGAGUAACACUAUAAUUGAUGGUAAAUGAGGGAUUAAUGAGGCUGCUGAUCAACCGGUACACUAAACAGAAUUUGACAGCAAAGUACUGUUGUUUGACAGAAAAAAAACAUUCACCAAAAAGACAUGCAUCCCUCUCUGAGAUGACUUUGUAGGAAACUAAUAGGGAUCCAUUGAUAAAUUUGUUUGCUGACACAGAAAAAAUAAGGAGCACCAUUUCACAUACCAUACAUAUAUGUUGGUAUGCCCUCUCUCUCCGCCCUCUCUCUCUCUCUCUCACAGCCUCAAGAAAUGUUCAAUCUGAGUGUAGAUAAUGUUGAAAAAAUAUGUCCAUCCACCCAAUGGCAUCAGUCAAAGUCUGCGGGCUAUAUUAUGCAGAGCAGGAUGUAGAAAUGCAAGACCUGUUCAUAAAUUAAUAUCUGAUGCAUUCCAGUUCCACUUAAAGAAAGCAAUAAACUGAAGAUGAUGGAAUUACUUAGUGCGUGUGAGAAAAGGGAAAUAGAAAAGUGUAAUGGCUUUUGAAGCUAUUUAAAAAAAAUAGUGUUGCACUCUGAAUUUAUGAUCAGGAAUUCGAAGGUAAAUUAGUGGUGAUCAAAUGGAUUCUCUGUAAGAAUGGGCAGAUAUGGAAAAAGUAAUGAUGCCACACCACAAAGCCACCAUUUACAGCUCCUGCAUGGUCCUCGGUGCAUUUUACCCACCUAUCUGCUUUUCAGUUCUUCCAUUGCAUUUCACGAUUUUUCCAAAUAACACAAAAGAUCACAUGGAAUAGUGACGGUAAUGAUAUUGAUUAAGCCUUGCAUUGUCACACCUUAACUCAACACCAAGGUUAAACCAUUUACAGUACUCUCCUGCUCUUUAUAUGGUGUGUGACUGUGAUUAGAUGUUGUUUGGUACACCUGCUGGAGUUUUAACCAUCGUGAACUAUCAAUGGCUCCUUGGGACCAUAUAAAGACUAACACAUUAUUUACACAAUAUAUCAUACAGAAAGGUGGUAAGGCCUUCAGAUCUGAGGUGAUUUCCUUCAACAAGAGGAUUUGCGUCAAUUUAACAGGUGUUAAAUAUCACUAAUCGUAGAAUAAGUGUAUUUAAAUAUAUAAUUUAAGAAAUUUGAGUUGUUGCAUGAUUGUGUUCUCUUUUAAAGCUUGAGCUUUUUUUAGAGUGGGCAUACUUGUUUUUAGAAUGGGAAUGAUAUGAUUCUAUAGAGUUGGAUUGAAUGUAAUCUGUCUAUUUUUAUAUGAACAUUUGUUGGGCUAUAUACUUUAUUUCUACUGGUGUAACACAGUGCAUUCAAGAAGCAGAUUCUAGAAAAGGCUGUCAUGUUUAUUUUUUAAUUUUUUGUGUACUGGUGUCUUUAUUUUAGGUGCUAUACUUUGAAGUAAGACCCAACCGCUUUUGUAAAGCAUUGCAUUGUAAAAAUGGUUAAAUUAAGUCCAUAAUGUGCAAUACUGACUGAUCAAACAUUUUCUCAACCUUAUUGUCUCCAUUGUUGGGUACCAGUGCAAUAUGACUGUUGUUACUUGUUUCCUGUAUGGUAGAGUACUAUGCCUUCAGGCACACAUUUGCACAACACCCAAUGUUUGACUCCAUGUGUAUUUGUAUUUUGAUUUUAAUAAAAAUCACCAUCCAAACCCAAGAAAUAAAGUGUUUGCACACAUCCUAA